CGACCGGAUACGGCGAGCUAUUAGCGGACUUGCGUCAGUGCCUACCAACUCCUCGCUGAUGACCGAUGCGGAUGACGCCGCCCGCCGUCGCAGCGUGGUGAACGACUAUCGUAAGAAGCUUCUCAACUACAAGGAGCAGGAAUCCAGGGUCCGAACGGCCAGGGAGAGCCUGAGAAAUGCAAAGAAAGAGUUUUCUAAGACUGAAGAUGACUUGAAGUCACUCCAAAGUGUUGGUCAAAUUAUUGGAGAGGUUCUUCGGCCUCUUGAUAAUGAACGUUUGAUAGUUAAGGCUAGUAGCGGUCCUAGAUAUGUUGUUGGUUGCCGAAGCAAAGUUGAUAAAGAUAAGCUGACAUCUGGGACACGUGUAGUACUUGAUAUGACCACCCUUACAAUAAUGCGUGCUCUUCCUCGAGAGGUUGACCCUGUUGUUUACAACAUGCUUCAUGAGGAUCCUGGCAAUGUAAGCUAUUCCUGCAGCUGUAUUUGUUAACUUCCUUUUGGUUACUUGUAGGUUGUAUCCAGUGCCAUUAUUGACAAAUAUAUUGGUGAAAGUGCUAGAUUGAUAAGGGAGAUGUUUGGUUAUGCAAGAGAUCAUCAACCAUGCAUUAUUUUCAUGGAUGAGAUUGAUGCCAUUGGUGGUCGCCGGUUUAGUGAGGGAACUAGUGCUGACCGGGAGAUUCAAAGAACACUAAUGGAGCUGCUCAAUCAGUUGGAUGGAUUUGAUCAACUUGGAAAGGUUAAAAUGAUCAUGGCAACGAAUCGUCCUGAUGUUCUUGACCCAGCUCUUCUCCGUCCGGGUAGGUUGGACCGGAAGAUAGAGAUCCCUUUGCCAAAUGAACAAUCCAGGAUGGAGAUUCUUAAGAUUCAUGCAGCUGGCAUAGCAAAGCUUGGUGAAAUAGACUAUGAAGCAGUUGUCAAAUUAGCUGAAGGCUUCAAUGGUGCUGAUCUUCGAAAUGUCUGCACUGAAGCAGGAAUGUCCGCAAUUCGCGCAGAACGCGACUAUGUAAUUCAUGAGGACUUCAUGAAGGCCGUGAGGAAGCUCAAUGAGGCCAAGAAGCUUGAAUCAAGCGCGCACUACAACGCAGACUUCGCCAAGGACUGAACUGAUACCACCCUUUGCUUCUUCUUAUUCCUUCUUUCUCUAUAUGAAGUUAUUAAGUCCUUUAAAUUAAUUUCAAGUAUUAAUGCUGUGAUGAAUGUGAAGUUUUGCUCGUCAUCUUUGAGUUCUUUCUUUUCUCCAGCCUGCAAAGAUUGUUGUUGCUGAAGUCAGAACUGUAUGUUAUUCACUCUAAUAUUAUGUUGGCUUGAUGAUACCAUUUAAUUAAUGGCUUAUAAAUCUUUUUUAUAUAUGAUACAAUGUUUAUAUUAUUUC